GCUGGUUUAGAUGGACUGCUAGGUGUUCAGGGUAAUGAAGGCUAUCCGGGGUCAUUAGGUUACAGAGGGGCUCCAGGAAGGCCAGGCCAACCAGGCAAAGCAGGCCCGACUGGAUUACCUGGUUUACAGGGGAAACAAGGAAUACAAGGCCCAAAGCGUUCCCCUGGGCCCAAAGGAAUGCCAGGACCCCCAGGUCCAGUGGGACCAAAGGGGCUUCCUGGACUGCAAGGGGAGAAAGGAAGUGCUGGUCAACCAGGACCAAAGGGAAUACCUGGUGUCAGAGGCAUGGAAGGGCCAAUAGGACCACAAGGGCCAAAAGGACAACAAGGUCUUCCAGGACAUAAAGGGUAUCCAGGACCGAAAGGCAUACAGGGUGAUAUUGGCCCUCGGGGCCCACCGGGGCGGAAGGGAUCCCCUGGCCUUCCUGGCCUGUUCGGAAAGAAGGGAAUGAAAGGGGCACAAGGGAUGUCGGGACCAAAGGGCACUAAAGGGCGUCGAGGAUCACCAGGGAAGCCUGGCUUAUCUGGUCCACAAAGACCACUGAUUCCAAGACGUGCCUUACAAGGAAGAGGAUCACAAAAUCGAUCUCGGUCAGUAUCUAGGAGAACUCUUUCGUCUCAACCUGGCAAGAAAGCAGUGAAUCAGCAUCAUUCAUCCAGCUGGCCGCAUGGUACAAAAGACAGUCCUGCAACAACCUGCAAAGAGCUUGGACUAAUUCGCCCCUACCUUAAAGAUGGACAUUACUACAUGGACCCUAACCAAGGCUGCCCAUUUGAUGCUUUGAAUGUCUUUUGCAACUUCUCAGCAGGAGGGCUUACUUGUAUAUCUCCUGUGCGGUCACGGGUAUGAGAAUUAAUCUCGCUGUAUGUAACUUGCCAUAGCAUCCCAGGAGAAUGUUU